AUGGCUUCCCACAACAACAGUUUCGACUUUAUCGUGGUCGGUGGAGGAACAGCCGGCAAUGUCGUCGCUGGCCGCCUUGCCGAGAACCCCAAUGUAAAGAUCCUCAUCGUUGAGGCCGGCAUAGGCAACCCAGAGCAGGUUUCAAUGAUCAAAACGCCCUCCAGUGCCAUGGACCUUCGCGGCAGCGAGCACGACUGGGCGUACAAGACAACCAUUGUCAAACGCGACGACUACGAACGAAUCGAAAAGCCAAACACUCGGGGCAAGACACUUGGAGGCAGUUCAAACCUCAACUACUUCACCUGGGUCCCUGGCUGCAAGCCAACAUUCGACAUGUGGGAGGAAUAUGGCGGCAAGGAGUGGACAUGGGAUCCCUUGGUGCCGUACUUACGGAAGAGCGUGACCUACCAUGACGACCCCCAACUGUACAACCCAGAACUGAAAAAGACUGGAUCCGGUGGUCCUAUUCACGUCUCCCACGCUGAGCUACUAGACGAGCUUGCACCAUUCCGCGCUGCCCUCACCAAGGCGUGGACAUCGAUGGGACAGCCACUCACGGAGAAUAUUUACGACGGCGAAAUGAUUGGACUCACCCACUGCAUGGACUCCAUCUACAGAGGCCGGCGGUCAGGAAGUAACCUUUUCCUCGAGGGGAAGCCAAACAUUACGGUGAUGCCGCAAGUGCAAUCCAAAACUCUGAUCAUUGACCCUGCCGACAAAUCGUGCAAGGGUGUUACCGUCAUUGAUGCAUCCGGCCAAGAGCACAGCUUCUUUGCCAAGCGCGAGGUCAUUCUAUCCCAGGGCGUAUUCGAGAGUCCGAAGUUACUCAUGCUCAGCGGAAUCGGUCCCUCCAAGGAGUUGCAAAAGCAUGGCAUUAAAGUCCUGGUCGACAACCCCCAUGUCGGCCAGCAUCUCCUUGAUCACCCAGGCGUGCCCUUUGUCCUACGUGUCAAGGACAACAUCACCAUGGAUAACUACUUGAUCCACAAGACAAAUUUGCAUACCCAGUCUGUGGAGAAAUACAGCAAGGAUCACUCCGGCCCCGUCGCGUCCGGUCUCCUGGAGCUCGUGGGAUUCCCCCGGAUCGACAACUACUUCGAAAAGGACCCCGAGUACCGCAAGCGCAAAGCGGCCAAUGGCGGACGCGAUCCCUUCUGCCCCGACGGCCAGCCGCACUUUGAGCUCGACUUUGUCGGCAUGUUUGGCAGCGCGUUCCAGUGGCACUACCCCGUGCCCAAGGAGGGCUGCUACACGACCGUCAUUGUCGACCUGGUGCGCCCCGUCUCCGAGCCCGGCGAGGUCACGCUCAACAGCGCCGACCCGCUCGUGCAGCCCAAUAUCAACCUCAACUUCUUCUCCGACGAGCUCGACAUAAUCGCCAUGCGCGAGGGUAUCCGGUUCAGCUACGACUUGCUCACCAAGAGCGAAGGGUUCAAGGACCUUGUUGUCGCCGAGUACCCGUGGGAGAUGCCGCUCGAUGACGAUGUCGCCAUGAGACGUGCCGUGCUAGAUCGCUGCCAAACUGCCUUUCACCCAUGCGGCACUGCACGUCUGUCCAAGAGCAUUGAGCAGGGUGUAGUCGAUCCGGCUCUCAGGGUCCAUGGCGUCAGCAACUUGCGCGUGAUUGACGCUUCAGUCAUUCCGGUCAUUCCAGACUGCCGUAUCCAGAACUCCGUGUACAUGGUUGGUGAGAAGGGCGCUGAUAUAAUCAAGGCUGCACACAAGGAUUUGUAUGCUUAG